AUGGCUCUUCAACAAAAAUUCGACGCCGCUGUUGAAAUUAUUCAAAAACUUCCAAAGACAGGUAAUAUUUCCCCCCAAAAAAAGUCUUGAAAAAUUUUUGAAAACCGUUGUUUUUCAGGGCCAGUUAGCACAUCUAACGAUCAAAAAUUGACUUUCUAUUCACUUUUCAAACAAGCAACAAUCGGAAAUGUUAAUACUGAUAGACCUGGUAUUUUCUCGAUUGUCGAGAGAAAGAAGUGGUAUGUUUCGAAUUCAAAAUGAAUCUAAUAAUAGUUAUAUAUUUUUUUUCAGGGACUCGUGGAAGGAACUCGAAGGUGUGAGCCAAGAUGAAGCCAAAGAGCGUUACAUCAAAGCAUUGAAUGAGAUGUUUGACAAAAUUGCUCAAGAACUUGAUGUUAGUGCAUGGCUCGAACAAAUUGAUCCAGUCAUUAAAACCAACUUGGCUCUUAUUUCAAAGUAA